AUGGUCAAUAUUCUUGAAAAAGUGAAUAUUGGUGAUACUUCUGGACAAAAGGCCUCUAAAGAAAAAAUUUUGGCUUGGAAAACAAGCCUGGCAUUGCUUGAAGCAAAGACCAAAUUAUGGAAGCCAUUUGCAAUUGCAGUAAUUGAAAUGAUAUUUGACUUAACAAUCACUACUACUAGUCGUACUGGUGAUGAUAUUGAUACAUAUAUGCAAGCCCGAACUAUAAAAAUUAUACAAAUAAAUAAUGAGAAUAAACCUUUUGAUCAACAGUUAGAAGAUUGUUCUAAUAUUAAUUCAGAUUCUAAUACUUUCUUUGAUUUUGAUAACAAUUAUUUUUGUAGUCUAUCUCCAAGCACUUCUUCUGAAUAUUCUGUUGUUUUAGUUUCUUCUAA